AUGUUUACAUUCCGUAGCAAAUCAUUUAUAUUUGAUGGAUUUCCAGACCCUUCUGAUACUUGGGAAAUAAUUGAGACUAUUGGCAAAGGAACAUACGGUAAAGUUUUUAAAGUCGUGAAUAAAAAAAAUGGAAAAAAAGCAGCUGUAAAAAUCAUGGAUCCAUUUCAUGAUAUCGACGAGGAGAUUGAAGCAGAAUACAACAUCCUGAAGGCGUUAUCUGAUCAUCCCAAUGUUGUCAAAUUUUAUGGAAUGUAUUUCAAGAAAGAUGCAAAGACUGGGGAUCAGCUGUGGCUAGUCUUGGAGUUGUGCAAUGGAGGAUCUGUAACCGAUUUAGCAAAAGGUCAUCUAAAGAGAGGAGAACGAAUGAAUGAAACCAUCAUUGCUUACAUUCUGCAUGAAGCUCUUAUGGGCCUUCAUCAUUUACAUAGCCAUGAGACAAUUCAUCGUGAUGUGAAGGGGAAUAAUAUUCUACUAACGACAGAAGGCGAUGUCAAACUUGUAGAUUUUGGUGUAUCCGCACAGCUAACUAGCACUCGUCUGCAUAGGAAUACAUCAGUGGGGACUCCUUUCUGGAUGGCCCCAGAGGUCAUCGCAUGUGAACAGCAAGUGGAUACAACGUAUGAUGCAAGAUGUGAUGUCUGGUCUUUGGGUAUAACAGCCAUAGAGCUUGGAGAUGGUGAUCCUCCCCUGGCUGACUUGCAUCCAAUGAGAGCCCUGUUUAAAAUACCAAGGAACCCACCUCCAACUUUGCGUCAGCCAGAAUUGUGGUCGCCAGAGUUUAAUGAAUUCAUUAGCAAGUGCCUUACGAAAGAUUUUGAAAAACGCCCUAUGGUUUGUGAUCUUUUGGAACAUGCUUUUAUUAGGCAAAUUAGACAUAAUGAAAGAGCACUUCAAAAGCAGCUAAUGGAAUUUAUAGACAUCCACCAGCAAAUGGGGAUAAUGGAGAAGAAGAGGCAUGAAAGGAUUCAUACCAAGAAAGGCAUCUUCAGAGAGUCUAUGACAUCCAACCAGAAUGAUGUGGAUGACUUGGCCACAUUAGAGAUCCUCGAUGAGAAUACCGUCACAGAUCAACUUCAAAAACGUUACAACAGGGAUCAGAUAUACUCCUAUGUAGGGGAUAUUCUUAUUGCUGUCAAUCCAUUCCGAAGUUUGGAUCUCUAUUCUUCACAGCACUCAGAAACACACACCAAUGCAAAAAGGACAUCAAACCCACCACAUAUCUUUGCUGUUGCUGAUGCAGCUUAUCAGUCUAUGGUAACUUAUCAUUCUGAUCAGUGCAUUGUAAUUUCUGGUGAGAGUGGUGCCGGAAAGACGGAAGGGGCUCAUCUUCUGGUCCAGCAGCUCACAGUCCUUGGAAAGGCAAACAACAGAACGUUGCAGGAGAAGAUUUUGCAGGUGAAUAAUCUGGUAGAAGCCUUCGGAAAUGCAUGCACAAUCAUUAAUGAAAACUCAAGUCGCUUUGGGAAAUACUUAGAAAUGAAAUUCACCAAAAAUGGAACUGUUGUAGCAGCCCAGAUUUCUGAAUACCUUCUGGAAAAAUCCAGAGUAGUCCACCAGGCAAUAGGAGAAAAGAAUUUCCACAUUUUCUAUUACAUUUACGCCGGAUUGUCAGAAAAAAAGAAACUUGUACAUUAUAAAUUGCCAGAAAACAGGCCUCCCAGAUACCUACAAAAUGAGCAUAUUAAAAUGGUACAAGAUUUUAUGAAUAACACAUUCUACAAAACUCAGUUUGACUUAAUUGAGCAGUGUUUCAAAGUGAUAGGUUUUACGCUGGAGGAACUUGGAAGUGUAUACAGCAUUCUUGCUGCUAUUUUGAAUGUGGGAAAUAUAGACUUCACUUCAGUGGCAUCAGAACAUCAGAUAGAUAAAAGCAACAUCUCCAAUCCAUCCAUACUGGAAAACUCUGCCUCCUUGCUCUGUAUACAACCUGAUGAACUGCAAGAUGCGCUCACUUCCCAUUGUGUGGUCACUCGUGGAGAAACCAUAAUUCGUCAGAAUACUGUGGAGAAAGCUGCUGAUGUUAGAGAUGCUAUGUCCAAAGCAUUAUAUGGCCGGCUUUUUAGCUGGAUUGUAAACCGAAUCAAUGCUUUAUUGAAACCAACCAAUGAAUUAAGUGAGGAGGACGCCGGCUGCAGUAUUGGGAUUCUUGAUAUCUUUGGCUUUGAGAAUUUUAAAAAGAAUUCCUUUGAACAACUCUGCAUAAACAUUGCAAACGAGCAAAUACAAUUCUACUUCAACCAACACAUUUUUGCUUGGGAACAGAAUGAAUAUUUAAAUGAAGAUGUGGAUGCAAGAGUCAUUGAGUAUGAAGAUAACAGGCCACUAUUAGAUAUGUUCCUGCAAAAACCAAUGGGUUUACUUUCUCUUCUUGAUGAGGAAAUUAAAUUUCCUAGGGCAACUGAUCAAACCCUUGUAGAAAAAUUUGAAGACAACUUAAAAUCCAAAUAUUUUUGGAGGCCAAAGAGAGUGGACCUAACAUUUGGAAUUCAUCAUUAUGCAGGAAAGGUUCUCUACAGUGCAGCUGGUUUCCUUGAAAAGAACCGAGACUCAUUGCCCACUGACAUAGUCCUUCUUCUACGGUCAUCUGAAAAUAAUCUCAUUCGUAUAUUGGUAACUAAUCCACUAACAAAAACAGGCAAUCUUGCUCAUACCAAAACAAAAGCAAGAAUAAAUUUACAAGCAUGGGGAACACAGAAAACGUCCAGCCACAGUAAGGGCGAUUUUGGAGAUGCCCGUCAUCCUCGAGAGACAACCAACAUGAAAACACAAACAGUGGCCUCAUAUUUUAGGUAUUCCUUGAUGGACCUACUGUCAAAAAUGGUGGCUGGUCAGCCGCACUUUGUACGUUGUAUAAAACCAAAUAAUGAUCGCCUGCCAAAUAAAUUUGAUCGGGAAAAAGUCUUGGUGCAGCUUAGGUACACAGGACUUCUGGAGACAGCAAGAAUUCGUCAGCUAGGAUAUUCACAUCGCAUUCUGUUUGCCAACUUCAUAAAGAGAUAUUACCUGAUUUGCCAUAAGUCCUAUGAAGAUCCUCCAGUCAGCCCUGAGUGCUGUGCAUCUAUACUGGAGAAAGCAAACUUACACCAGUGGGUUUUAGGAAAAACAAAGGUCUUCCUUAAAUAUUACCACGUUGAACAGCUGGAUCGUAUGAUAAAGAACAUGGUCAAUCAAAUUGUUUUUGUUCAAGCCUGUGUCAAAGGAUGGUUGGGAGCCAAAAGAUAUAAAAAACUGAAGCAGAAACGAGAAGAAAGUGCAGUAAAAAUCCAGUCAGUUUACAGGGGUCACAUUGUACGGAAAGAAAUUCAUGCACAAUCCGAGAAAACUGAAGAUUUCAUGAUCAAGUUCCAAGCACGUGCCAGAGGAUACUUGGUCCGGAAGAAACUGAGCGACAUGUCAAAAAAAGAGAGCGAUGCAGCAACUACGAUCCAAUCGCACUAUCGUGGCUUUAAGGAGAGAAGGAGUUUUCAGAGAAAAAAGGAAUCAUUGAAGAGAAAACAAUGUCUAACUACUGAUGAAGUGACGAAGAGUGAGGAACCAGAGGAGACCACACCAGACCUUAACAAACCCUAUGAAGGUAAAAGUGAAGACGAAGCAGCCAUUGUAAUACAGAGUCAUUUCCGGGGACAUCAGCAAAGGAAGCAAAUAAAAGAAGGACGCCAAAAAACACAAAAUGAAGAUAAUACCAAAAUGCCUGACAAUCAAAAUGACGAUGAUGUGAAUAUAAAGGAAGAGCAAAGUGAAAAUGAAAAGGAUGAUGAAGAAGAGAGUAAAGCAGCCUUGGUCAUCGAAAGCAACUACCAUGGUCAAAGAGAAAGGAAGAAACUCCAAGAGAAGAGACAGGGAGGUGUGCCCAAUACCGGUGAAAACGAUGACCAUCCAAUCUCUCAGACUGAUGUAAAUUCCAACAGACAUAGCAAUGGACAUCCGGAAAAUGAUGAUGAAGAAGAGAAAGCAGCCAUUGUUAUACAGAGUAACUACCGUGGUGUAAGAGAAAGAGAAAGACUGAAGAAGGAAGGGAAACUGUCAAACAAAAACAACACAUUGGAAACAAAUAAUGGGGCGAGUGUACUGAAAGAAAUGGAAGAUCUGGCAUUCUUCACGGAACAGAUCGCCAAAUUGUCGGAAAACUAUCUAAUGUUGCAGCAAAGGCUGAAUGCUAUGAUUCUGUCUAAUCAGCUGAGUCCUGAGAGAACGGCAGUGUUAAUGAAAGAAGAGAUAAUGAAAGGGAAUGACCCGCAGAAAAAUGACACAGAUAAGGCUCAGAGGGUUCCAAGAAGACAAAAACCAAAGACAUUAACAAGCCCAGAUGAGUCUACCUACUACAGCCUCCUGCAUUUGCCAUACAAAGAUGAAAAACGGAAACCAAGGAAAGAAGGUCAAGGCAAAGUGUUGGAAUCGGAAGAUUAUUAUAGAGAAAUUUAUUGCAAACAUUCUUUGUCAAUAAAUAAUCCAAAAACAGAUGAUGGGUUUUCUGCCAUGGAAUUUUCUCUCCUAAACCCAAGCGAGAGAUCCUCAGCAGCAGAUGGGUUAGAGCAAGAAAAUGGAAUGGAAAAAAACCCAUAUGACUACAGAAAACUACUCAGAAAAACAUCUCAGCGGGAUCGUCUUUUUCAUGAUUUUUAA